CGGAAUCUCAGCAGCAGCGGCGCGUAUAUCAGAUGAAAUGGUUUGGCUCUCGGGGUUACAGGAAGUUGUAACAGCUGCCAUGUUUAGCUGCUUUGUUGUAGAUUUCUUGUAGGUUUCCUGCAGAUUUUUUUAAGUGUUGCAAUGGAGCAGAGCUGGAGUUCAUUUUUAUUUCAGCAGGCCAAUGAAGCCCUCCACCACCAGCAUCAGAACAGCCUUCUGCCGCUGCUCAACUCUGAGCCGCAGGAUCAAAAGCCUGUUCUUCCUAUCCAGCUCGACCAGAAACCCCCAGUCAGUUCAGCUGACAUCCACAAAGACAACAUGGGAGGCGGGACGGGUGGAGGGGGAGGAGGUGGUGGUGGUGGCGGCGGUCAGGUGGUAAUAAAGAAGGAGCCCAAGUCAAAGACGCCCUUCAUAUGCGGCUACUGCAACAAGGCCUUUCGGGACAGUUACCACCUCCGGCGACAUGAGUCCUGUCACACGGGCAUUAAGAUGGUGUCACGGUCCAAGAAGACCACCACAGCGCCCACCAUGGUGCCUCUCAUUUCCACUGUGCCACGCGAUAACAACGGCAACCCCUCCUAUGUCUCAACGAUGGCAGGCAUCCUCACCACAGCCACCACCUCCGCGUCCACGGCCGCAGGUAUAAUGUCGGUCCUGCCUCAACAGCAACCAGCCAUGCCCAAGAAACCCCCCAAACCAGUGAAGAAGAACCACGGCUGCGAGAUGUGUGGCAAGGCCUUCCGGGACGUCUACCACCUCAACCGCCACAAGCUCUCGCACUCGGACGAGAAGCCCUUCGAGUGCCCCAUCUGUCACCAGCGCUUCAAAAGGAAGGACCGCAUGACCUAUCACGUGCGGUCGCAUGACGGUGGCGUGCACAAGCCGUAUAUCUGCUCCGUUUGUGGGAAAGGCUUCUCGAGGCCGGAUCAUCUUAGCUGUCAUGUCAAGCAUGUACACUCCACAGAACGACCCUUUAAAUGCCAAGUAACGGCCUGCACAUCUGCCUUCGCCACCAAAGACCGCCUGCGUUCACACAUGAUACGGCAUGAAGGCAAGGUCACCUGCAACAUUUGCGGGAAGAUGCUGAGUGCCGCCUACAUCACCAGCCAUCUCAAGACCCACGGCCAGGCCGGCUUCACCUCCCCCUGUAACAAAGACUCUAACAACGUGUGCAACUCUGCCUCAGCCACAUCAGUCACUUCUUCAACCGCGUCCAACACUACGGUCAUGAACCGCUGCACCAUCAGCAAUCCCAUCACCAUCGCCGCUCAGAUGAACAUCACCACCAACACGGUCAACAUCACCUCCCCCGUCAGCCUUCAGCACCCGGUCACCAUCACUGCUCCCGUCAACAUCACCUCAGUCAACAUCCCAGCCACGGCGCCCAUGAACAUCGCCCAUCCCGUCGCCAUCACCUCGCCCAUGUCGAUGAACAUCACCGGUCCACUCAACAUUGCCAUGAGGCCGAUGGAAAGCAUGUCUUUCCUCUCACAGGUCCUGCCUUCCAGCCCGCCCUGGUAGAACCCACUGUCCUUCUAGUAAACCUCAUGUCUCCCAUUUUAGUCUUCCUCUCCAGCUGUGAGGGGAAAAAAGAGCCUGGAGGAAUGGGGAAUAUAGGAAAAUGACAGUCCGCAGCUGCAAGGAAUCAUGCGCAUGUUAGCUGGAACUUUGCGUCUCCUUCGUUCGGCUGUGAGAUAAGCAGAUUGCCUAGGGUUUAGUGACGGACAGAAAAAAUAGUUAUUGCAUGGAGUGGAAGACUGACAUGCUGUAUGUUUGGUGAUUUCACUUUUCUAGUGCCAGAAAAUCCUUGCCAGUCGGCUGUUUGAAGCAGAGCGUGUCGCCGCUUCAUUGUUAGUGUUAACGGUUUAAGGACUUCGGCAAAUAUUACUGUGAGGAUUUUAUUUUUGUUACGUUAGCUUGCUUAUCAGUAUUUCAUAGUUUUAUGCAUUUUAAUGAGUCCCGUAAAACAAAGGGACAGUGGCUUCCAUUAGUGGAAGAUGAGAGCUUUUUUUUUUUUUUUUUUUAAGACAAUACUCUACAAAUGAGGAAAUUUUAGAAUAAGUUUUUAAAAGGCCUCAUUUCAUUAUAAGCCUUUUAAUCUGUAGCUGUGUUUUUAUUAUUAUUAUAAUAAUUAUUAUUCUUUAGGUAUUUUUUGGAGUUGGUUAUUCCUGAUUGUAGAAUAAUUAUGUUCUGUUUCAAUAGCUGGGAUAUUUUCUGCUUAGUGGGGUUGAACAUUUAGAGUUACAAUCUUGCACUGGACACAUAUCUCUCUGGUGGUUAUUCUGACGGCAGUAUUAUUUUAGAUCAAAUAUUUUGAGUGUUCAUAUAGAUGCCUGGUCACCAAGUGGCCAACUUCAUCACUUGAAAGGUCCAUUUUUAUUCUUAAGAGCAUUUAGUUUUGUAAUCGAGACGUCUCUGCUCUUCCUUUCUGAAGGACGAGGGCUGUUUUUCCUUAGGACCUUUUUCUCAGGAAAUUUGCUGAGGGUGUCCCAACUUGCUCUGCUCCUGUAAUGGACAGCAUCUCGCCCUAACACUCUCUUCCAGACCUAAUUUUCUACACAAUUAGCACACUAAACAUAGUUCCCUUUAUUGGCGAAAACAGAGAUGUACCUUAGAGGUCGAGGUGCCAUAUAUUCUUCAGCCGCUGAUGCGUUCGUCCGUCCCGGGAGCAGAAAGUUAACCUGUAUUCCUUAUUCGUUUACCCAAGUCACAGUAAAAACCAAAACUGCCUUCAAAUUUUCAGGGUUUGUCAUCUUGUUCCGAGUAACCCUGUUUAAAAAUAACAGAAUCGGCUUUUGCAGAAACCCCCAAACUAGUUUUUCUCUGAUUUUCCUCUCUGUGUUGGAUAUAUAAAAGCAAUAUACCUUUCUCAGUCCUCCUUUUGACCGAGCCGGACAGCUGUCAUGUACAUUUCAUGUUUUGAGGAUGCAAGGUUUGUAGUCACACGUAGCCCUCUAAACCAGGGUUGCGUUCCCUUGUGUGAUGUGAAUGAGUCUCAAACAAAGAGUAAAACCAGCUGAAUGUGAUUGUACUUUAAAUGAUGUCAUAGCUACCACCGCCUGGGCAUAAAUCGCCGGAAAAGGUUUAGUUUGUGUUAACUCGCACCCCCAGUGUUUUCCCAACCAGCGCUGACCUGGUAGCCAAGCAUUUGUGCUCUUAAAUUUGUGUAUGGUAUGUGAAAGCUAAAAUCGUUCUGGCCUAUUUUAUGUUUUUGUUUUGUUUUUUAAAUGUUGCCUUCGGUAAAGGCGGAUUAUUUCGACUGAGAACUGGAACUCGAGGAAUGUGACUGAAAACACUACAACAACAACAACAAAACCAAACGAAAUGGGUUUUAAUUGUGCUUGUGAUUUAAAUGUUUGUCCUUCCACAAUGGCGUCACUCCCGUGCCUGAACUGCAUGUCUGAAAAUGCUACCGUGAAACCCAUCAGUCUUCUCUCUGAUAAGACGAGUGGUGCUCAGCGAUGGAAACCGUUUGGGUCGGCCAACUGCAGUUUAACUGUUUACCAAAUGUGUGUGGAGAUUCAGAAUCUAUUUUGCGUAUGAAAUAUCAAGUUGCCAUGUUUGAGGAAUUAUGAAUUUGUUAGGUUUUUUUAUAUCUUAUAAAGUAUUGCUCAUGAAGUUACUCCUUAUGCAUCAGUAUCUUUUAAAGAACAUUAAUGGUGGAAAAAAACAAGAGAAACUUUGUGUUGGGUUUUGGAUUGGAGAGUUUAGAAUGAUUCCAGUCCUUUCAUGUCCUUGGGAAGAAAUUGGCAAACCCAUGUGAAGGCCAAUGAAUGUAUAUCUUUGUAAAAACAUUUAGCUCAGAGAACGUGGUAGUUAUGAUAGACACAUGCAAGGAAAAACACAAGUAAAAUAACCUUUUAUAAGACUUUUUGUAUUAGAACAUUAACAUUGGUAAUUUUGUGUGUGUGUGUGUGUAUAUAUAUAUAUAUAUAUAUAUAUAUAUAUAUAUACUAGGCAUUUUUCAGUUAGCAGAAAGGUGAAAACAUUCCUACAAUUCUUUUUUUUUUUUUGUAUGUCAAGAAUAAUUAUGUAAACCCAUUGCGCAAUGUUUUAUGUGCCUUUUAUUUGGGAUGUCUAAAUAAAAGAAAACUGUCAAGUAUGA